GCUACACAGAACAUUUUCACGGAAUACGCACCAGUGACCUUUAUUGUAUUUGUACGAUCCUCCAGUUCCAAAGCUAACUAAAAAAACUUUCCCUCUCGUUCUUCAUACGGUGGAAGAAAAAUCCAAUGACCAUAUAGCUGGUUCGCUUACUUGCCGGUGUCAGUAGACGCGCCGUGGUUUUCCUUUUCUUUCUCCGAGCUUUCUCUCUGCAAUGAGGUUAGUUUUAGCUCUGUUGUUCAUUUCUGCUCUCUUUCUUUCGCUCUCGGUCACCGAGUCCGACUCGGCGAUGGAGAUGAAUGCAACAACCAAGUCGAACGCGACUCGUUCGAGAUCCAGCGAGGACAGCUUCGCUGACAUGAUUGAUCGGGCUUUGGAGAAGGAGUUCAACGAGACCGACCAGAAUGAAUCCACUGAUCCUGGUAGCUUCAAUAACAGUGUUGCUGGACAGCAGGCAAUUUUGGAAACUGUUGCUAGAGUUAAGUCAAAGAAAAAUGACACGAAGGAGGAGAAGUCUUUUCAGUUUCAUGAUGUUUUCAAUUUGGACAAUGAGAAUCGAGCAGAGGAUAUGCCAACGCUGAUUGAUAGAAAGGACAAUGUCUUUAUCAUAUCAAACCCAAAAUCCAAGUACCCUGUGUUGCAAUUAGAUUUAAGAUUGAUAUCAGAUCUGGUGGUUGUCAUUGUAUCAGCAACUUGCGGUGGCAUUGCUUUUGCUUGUACUGGACAACCGGUUAUCACUGGAUAUCUGUUAGCAGGAUCUAUUAUUGGGCCUGGGGGCUUGAGCUUUGUUAGCGAAAUGGUGCAAGUCGAAACAGUGGCUCAGUUUGGCGUGAUAUUUCUUCUAUUUGCAUUGGGCCUAGAAUUCUCCACAACAAAGCUUCGCGUUGUUCGAGCCGUUGCAGUUCUAGGUGGUCUUCUCCAGAUUUUCCUAUUUAUGUGCUUGUGUGGAAUAACAGUCUCAUUAUGUGGUGGUAAAUCUUCAGAGGGGGUGUUUGUUGGUGCUUUCCUGUCUAUGUCAUCUACUGCAGUGGUUUUGAAAUUUUUGAUGGAGAAGAAUAGUAUUAAUACCCUUUAUGGUCAAGUUACUAUUGGCACCCUUAUCUUGCAGGAUUGUGCAGUUGGUCUGCUGUUUGCUUUGCUUCCUAUUCUUGGUGGCACUUCUGGUGUUCUUCAAGGAGUCAUGUCCAUGACUAAAUCGUUGGUGCUGCUAGGAACAUUUUUGGCUAUCUUAACAAUAUUGUCUCGUACUUGUGUGCCAUGGUUUCUGAAGCUUAUGAUAAGCCUAUCAUCACAGACUAAUGAACUUUAUCAAUUGGCAUCAGUGGCAUUCUGCUUACUUGUUGCUUGGUGUAGUGAUAAGCUGGGUCUGAGCCUUGAACUGGGAUCUUUUGCUGCUGGAGUUAUGAUAUCAACAACUGAUCUUGCUCAGCAUACACUUGAACAAGUUGAACCCAUUCGCAACUUCUUUGCGGCUCUCUUUCUUGCCAGCAUUGGGAUGCUAAUACAUGUUCAUUUCCUAUGGAAUCAUGUUGAUAUUUUACUGGCAGCUGUAAUAUUGGUGAUUAUCAUUAAAACCAUUGUAGUUGCGACUGUUGUCAAGGGUUUUCGAUACAACAAUAAAACAUCACUUCUUGUUGGAAUGUCUCUGGCUCAAAUUGGGGAAUUUGCUUUUGUUCUCUUAAGUCGUGCUUCUAAUCUUCAUCUAGUCGAGGGUAAAUUGUAUUUACUGCUUCUUGGAACAACAGCUUUGAGUUUGGUGACCACGCCAUUGCUUUUCAAGUUGAUUCCUGCUGUCAUACAUCUCGGGGUACUAUUGCGGUGGUUCCCCCUUGAUAGUCCGAUAGAGAUUGGGUAUAAAGGAGAUAGCUUUCGCGCAGACAGUGCUAAGCGUAAUACUUUGAUGGUCCAAGGCUCUCAUGAUUCAUGAUAUUAACUAGAACAUGAAUCAUGCAAAUUUCAGCAUUUACCUGAUGGGCUUCCUAUACUCUGGAGGACAGGUGCUUAAGAGUGCAAAGGAGGUUGACUGAGUGAACUAUUCUUUUACGAUUGCAAAGCUCUUAAUGCAGCUGAGCGUUAACAUAUAUUCUGACCAAUGCGAGCAGAUGAUCAUGCCAAUUGAGAUCAAGAAAUCAAGAGCUCUGUAGAUAUGCUUCAUAUGCCAACAUACUUCAAAUUUUUUAUUCAGGUCAUCUCUCUACUCUCCAACAUGACCUUUUUUGUGUAAAAUAUCCAUUUUUGUAAUAUGAUUUCGUUCCAUGUUCUCCUCCCACAUCCUCUCUCUCUCUUUUUUUUUUUCUUUUUUUUUUUUUUACAAUAAUUAGUUGAUUUUCUUAGUUUUUCCGUUUUGAUUUUUCCCUUUUUUUCAAGUAAAAAUCCAGGGUAUUUAGUGAACUUUGGGAUUUGCGAGUUCGCAAUUUGUAUUUCAAGUAAAAAUCCACACCAUGUAAACAGGAUUUUAUCACUUAAUAUUUGUUUAUGGUAUAUAGCAAUAUAAUGUGUUGAUUUGAUACCA